AUGGAGAUGUACUUCACGAGCAGGUGGUCCUCGCCGGCGCUCUCGCUCUUCCUCCUGCUGCUGCACUCGGGCGCCCUGGCCGCCGGCUCGUCUCGCGAGGUGGUCGGCGAGGGGUCCUGCGGGGACGAGCAGGACGACGGCGUCGCCCUGCUCAUGCACAUGCGCGCGGCGGCGAAGGAGGCUGAGAACUGCUCCAGUCUUGCCAGCAACUCGCCGCUGGUAGAGGAGGUGCUGAGCAGCGCGAAGAUCCCCCUCACCGGGCAAUCCACGGGCAAUCCGCCGUACGAGGCCACGGUGCUGGAGCCCUUCGGCCAGUCCUCGCCCGUCUUCCCUCCGCAGGACGUGAUGUACGGCUCGGGCCAGGAGGCCAUCGAGCAGGACAAGAGGCACUGCGCGAAAAAGUUCAACAAUUACACGAUGGAAGACUUCGACGCCGCUUGGGACUACUUGGCUUGUGAGCUCAACCGUCUCUUCAGCAACCCGACGGACGGUGGCAGCGGCUUUUGA